ACCAUAAGCCUUCCUCUUACUUCCUCUAGGGUUUUACACACAAACACAUACCGACACCCACAUCGAUGGGAACCGGCAUUGAAGGUGCUGGAGUUUUGUUCAGGCCGUUGUCAGAAGAGGCUGUGGCUCCGUUCAGAGAAGGCAUAGCUUUGACUCUCUCCAAAUGGUCAGCUCUGCAAAUGGCCGUAGAGAACGAGUGGGGCGGUCGUGGAUCCCGCAGCAUAUCUGAGCAGCUCAACUCUGAUAUUUUGUCCUGGUUCACGCAGUCUAGAGAUCCGCUUUACAUUGAUGAUUUAGAAAAUAUUCUUGAUGAAGCUAUGCUUUCUCUGAAUACAAUGAUUGAGGAUGGUAGCGUUGAGGAGGUGGCAGAAAAAUUGAUGAUUAUGCAUGAAGAAUGUUUGGAAGGCAAUUAUACUUCUAUUGAAAAACUGAGACAUGCCAUUCCACAAAGAGUAAAUCAUCAGCAUAUAAGACAGGUGGCAAAUGAUGAGGAUGAUGAGGACGAUGACGAAGAUGACAGAAUGGAAGAUGAUGAUGGACCAAACAUGAUGGUGGAUUCAGCAGGAUCACAGUCAAGUUCAAGAGUAGAAACGCCAGUUAAUGGAGUUAAGUCCAAGGAGACAACUCAAGCAGAAGAUGGAUGGGAGGCGUGUAUGAGGUUACAGGGUAUCAGAGGACUUGCUAUUGCCAUCUAAAAGCAGAGGACUAUUCUGCUUUGAACAUUUUCAGCUGUGAUAAUGUGUUUGUGAUGAGGUCACUUGCUGACUGACAUUCUUAAUGGAGUUCCACCAUCGCCAGAGGGAGCAAGCCUUUUUCUGAGCUCAAACUAGUAUCGUCUGGUGUUGACCUGUAUGAUGUUACAUGGAUAUCAUUACUUGCUAUUUCCAUCAAAAAACAGUACUUGCCAUUAUGAUCCAAUUUUGAUGUACAAUUCAGUGAAGCAAUACUAUCAUUUUAUUCCUGCAAA